CGCCGUGAGUCUGUGUUUCUGCUCUUUUGGUCUGAGGAGAGGGAGUAAACAGAAGGGCUCUGGAGUUAUUUUCCCUUUUCCUCUCAGUCUGUGAGGAUGGAGCUGGAAAUCUAAACAGGGCAGCUGGAGCCUGCAGUGUUCCUACUGAGCCCCUCACCAAACUCCCCGAUCUCGCCAGGCCCCGCAAAGCAGACCAUCCCGUCAGCACACUAUGAAGCUCUGGGUUGUGCUUUGCCUUGCACUGCUCUGGGUGCAGCUCCAAAAUGGUGCCUGCCAGCAAGUCAAGCGGAGAAAAGAUGUAGGAGAGAACCGCAUCCGUCCAGGGGGGAAGCGGGUGAAGGGACUACCCAGACUGAAAGAUGGAGUAGGGAAAGGCCAGUCCCUGUUGACCCAGGUUUUAGAUAAGGGACGCUUCCUGCGCCUGGGCCAGACCACAAUUCUGACUCCUGGGAAGAACAUGGAGCUGCGCUGCAAAGGCGAUUCUAUCGGAUGGUCAUACCCGACCUACCUGGACACCUUUAACGACUCACGCCUCAGCAUCAAGCACAGUGACAAGUACAGUCAGCUGGUCCUGACGUCGCCCUCUGCUGCUGACACAGGGCCGUAUAGCUGCUGGGUGAUCGUGUGUGACGGCACAGAGUGCGAGAGGGACCACGAUCGCACCUAUGUCUCAUACAUCUAUUUCACAGACAAAGACAACCUCUUUGUCCCCUCUGCCAUCCACUUUGAGAUCGUGUACCUGCGCCCAGACCGGCCCGCCGUGGUGCCCUGCCGCGUGACCGACCCGCAGGCCAAGGUGUCCCUGCACAGAGAAGUCCCUCCGGAGGAGAUCACAGCCAACAGGACGCAGGUGACCUAUGACCCCACCAAGGGGUUUGUCCUGCAGAACCCCAGCCAAGAGCAUCAGGGGGUCUUCUACUGCAAGGGUGUGACCAAGGGAACGCCUCAGAUCUCCACAAAGUACCAGCUGCUCUAUGUGGAGGUUCCUGGCGGGGCACCAUUUGUGAGCCUAGCAGUGUCUCCGGAGUCUGUGAGCGGAGGAGACAACAUCAACGUGACCUGCAGCGUGCUGGGGGAGCCGGAGGAGGACGUGAGCUUCACCUGGUCUUAUCCUGGUCAGGACCGUCGCCCAGUUCGCAUCCAAACGUCCUGGAGGCUGGUUAACAGAGGAAUGGGCCACACCACGCGCUUGUCCCAGAGUGUCAUGGCUGUAGAAGACGUGGAGACCAUCGACUUUGGAAACUACAUCUGUAACGCCAAGAACCAGUACGGUGAGACAACUGUGACGAUCGACAUCAUCUCCAAAUAGCCGCGGCAACAGAACCUGUGUUAUGGGUGUAUUUUUAGAUUGCAGAUUGUGAAAACAUAAUAAAGAUUUGCUACAUCUUUUGUUGAAGA